AUGCUCAACAGUCAGCUCCACGGUGAAGGGAACAAGCACGCGGGGUUCAUUCAGCUCACGGUCAAGACCCAUUCUUCGGCCUCUUCUCUCCCAUUCCGUCGCCCCUUCUCCCACUGCUCUGAAGAUUUCCCUUCUCCUGUGCCGUCGCCCCUACUGAAGAAAUCGGUUCUCCUGUGCCGUCGCCUUUUGUCCUAUUCGUGCUGUGCCGUCGCCUCUUCAUCCCAUCGCAUAAUGAAUAAAAAAAAUGGCAAAGCUUCGUGGGAUAUAAAAGCCACAAAGGUCUUUAUUGACCUGUGUAUUGAAGAAGUUGAAAAGGGGGGAAGAAGAGGAACUAGCUUGACAAAGCCUGCUUGGACAAGUAUUGAGGAGAACUUUACUGCAAAGACUGGGAGAGUUUAUACGAGAAUCCAAUUAAAGAACAAAUAUGAUACCUUGCGAAAGGAGUGGCAGUUAUGGGAUAGGCUGCUCCGUGAGACAGGUUUAGGGUGGGAUGCCGAAAGGAAUACUGUUAGUACCCCUGAUGAUUGGUGGGAGAAGAAAAUAGUGGAAGUUCCAGGCUAUGAGAAAUUUAGAGAAAGAGGGCUUCAAUUUCGGGCUGAAUUGACUCAACUCUUUGGGUCUGUAGCUGCGACUGGACCACAGUCAUGGGCACCUUCUUCCAUGACACUUCCAAGCGAAGGAGUUCCUGAAAAUGAUAUGGAAGAAGGAUCUGGAGAUAGUGAUGAAAUUUUGGGCACCAACUGGCAUAAGCGGGGAGUUUAA